AUGAGUUCAGGCCCCAACGACGAAGGCCACAUUGAGCUCACUUGCCAGGUGGGAGACCUUAAAAUCUCCAUCAAGGGACCUGCCGAGAAAGCCACUGAGUUUUUGCGCAAAGUGUUGGCUUUGGAGAGCGACCAGCGUGCUGAUUCUCCUGCUGCUAGCCUUGGUUCAGCCACCUCUGGCCAAGAGAGGGUCAAGAGGGCUUGGCGCGCUGGCCAGUGGGGCGGCGCUGUGCUUUCUGGUCGCGUGGGCAGCCUAAACAGUUCUCCACAGAUUGACCUACGCUCCCGCUACUACGCCAUCUUGCGGGUCGAAGCAGUUGAGCGCCCAGUGCUUUGCACCAGUGCCGGUGCCUACUACUGGCAGAUCAUUGGAGAUCUCGAGAGUAAUUAG